GUCAUUUAAAGAUGUGAUACAUUUUUGUGUGUAUAACAGGGAAGACGGUAACUUUGGAUGCUGAUACUCAUAUAGAAGUUCCUCAAGACAGAUAUGGUUUGUAUGCUAUCGAUACAUUGGAUCCGGACAUGGUUAUGGGGACUGAUUGUGUAUAUUAUUUCCAUGACAUGAUAGUUGAAAUGCUCAAGUGGGGCUACCAAGAGGGAACAACUCUCUUUGGAUUUGGAUAUGAUUUUCGCCAAAGCAAUCGGUUUCAAGGAACAAUGGAAGACCUAGCAGCGAAGCUCGAGUCUGUGUAUACUGCAUCUGGGGGAAGAAAAAUUAACAUCAUAAGUCAUUCCAUGGGUGGUCUUCUUGUUAAAUGUUUCAUGAGCCUGCAUAGUGACAUGUUUGAGAAGUACGUGAAGAAUUGGAUUGCAAUAGCUGCACCAUUCCGAGGUGCACCUGGAUAUAUUACCUCUACCCUUCUUAAUGGAGUAUCAUUUGUGGAAGGAUGGAAACAAAAUUUUUUUAUAUCAAAAUGGAGCAUGCAUCAGAUGCUGAUUGAAUGUCCAUCAAUAUACGAAUUGAUGGCCUGUCUAGAUUUCCCUUGGGAACACAUUCCACUUCUGGAAAUCUGGAGGAAGAAGUCUGAUAGUGAUGGAAAUUCCACUAUCAUGCUAGAAUCUUAUCCCCCAAUAGAAGCUGUAUCAAUAUUCAUAGAGGCUCUCUCAAGCAACAAGGUUAAUUAUGAUGGUACUGAUAUUUCUUUACCAUUCAACUUGGAGGUUUUGAAGUGGGCUAAUGAAACGCGGAAGUUGUUGAGCUGCGCUAAGGUUCCCAGUCAUGUUAAGUUCUACAAUAUUUAUGGGACAAGUAAUGAGACGCCUCAUAGUGUUUGUUAUGGAAGUGAGGAUGCACCUGUAUCUGACCUGCAACAGUUACCUGCUCUCCUGGCCAAGUAUGUAAAUGUUGAUGGUGAUGGAACUGUUCCAGUGGAAUCUGCUAAGGCAGAUGGGCUUCGAGCAGAAGCAAGGGUUGGAGUACCUGGGGAUCACCGUGGAAUUCUAUGUGACCGUCAUGUGUUCAGAAUUCUCAAGCACUGGCUGAUGGCGGACCAUGAUCCUUAUUACAAUCCAGUUAAUGAUUUUGUAAUUCUACCUACCUUGUUUGAAUUUGAAAGUCACAAAGCACGAAGUAGCUUGCAAGUAACUUCGGUCAAAGAGGAUUGGGAAAUUAUUGGGGAAAACCUAGAAGACCAAGAACAAGACAAUAUAGCUGAGAAAAAUCCUUUGGUGGGUUCAAUAUCCAUCUCUCGUGUUGGAGGUGAUAAAUCCUUGCAGGAAGAGGCCAAUGCCACUAUUACUGUUCACCCCCAACACAAUGGUAAGAAGCACGUCGAGUUGAAGGGCAUGUCUAUCUCAGCAAGUGCAUAAAGAACCUUUUCUAUCCUCGUUCUAACUGAACAUGGGAAAAUUGGUAACCUUCGUGUAUUGGCCAGUGUUGUGGUUCUCUAUAUAUAUAUAUAACAAUCACGUAUUGUUCAUGUAUGAACACUACUGGAACGUGAUAUGUGAAUAUCCUUCGUAAAUAGCUUCAGGUAUUCUUCUUCAAUGCUCUGUAUCAAUGGUUAACUAUACUUUUUUGGCAACAAAUGUUGUACGACUUCGCUGUUGGUGUGGGGACA